AUGCGCACUGUAACAUUCAUUUGAAUAGAAACCAUACAUCUAGUAUACUAUACAUUUAGCUAUAUUAUGAAGGCAUACAGCUAUGUAUAUACACUCUUUGUUAAGAAUUACUUACUAGCUGAAAGUCUCGUGGUAAAAAUUCACCGAUGGAAACUGCAGUAACCAAUAUCCAUUAAAAAGGUUGUCUUACAAACAACAGUCAGUUUCCAGUACUUUGAUAUCGGAAAUGGAAGAAAAUCAAACGCUAUUUUGUCACAAGGAAUCUUAAACAAGAUAACUAACACACUCAUAACAAAAAUGAAAAUUGAAGAAAACUAACCAAAAACCCAACCCAAUCCUGCGUUCUUUCUUUCCUUUCCAUUCCGAUAUGCUUGUAAAAAAACCUUACUUACUCAUAGUGCUGGCGUACAAAAUACAGCUAAUACGUAUCCUCUUAUAAUGGAAUAAUAUUCCAUGGCUUUUUUCAAUUUUUUAGCGAUAAGAGGUGAGGCCUUCGCUUUCUUCGUCCUACGGAUUUCUUUAAGACUACAUACCCGCAUACGUAAAGAAAUUCUGAGAUCUCACAAUAAGCCCUAAGCAUGAAUAACUCUUGUAAUAAAGUUCUCCAAACUUCACCUUUCGGGGUUAUAAAUCAAUGAUUGAUUGUUAGCAAAUGACAUCAAUAAAUCGAAUCCUGUUAUUUUGACAUUGAGAAGAGUUACUACUAUAAAAGAAGAAAAGAAAUAUAGAAAAGCCAAUCUUGAAAAGUUAACUGUAGUAUUUACAAGAAGUAGAAACUGCAAAGAAGAUGUGGAUCUUAUUUUAUCUAACUUGUUUACAAUUCGUUGUGGUGCAUACUGCUACGCUUUCACAUAAAAGCCUUGCUGACGGUGUUACAAAAGGCUGCAGAGGUGCUGAUAACAAUCCUAAUGGAUACCCUGGUCAAAUCCCGACAAAGACAAUAACAGGUUCCUGUAGAAAAUCUGAUCAAUAUGGCGGAUAUUAUUUUUUGAUCACAUGGGGUCAACCAAUUGAUGCAAAAUCUAAACCAGCCAGCGGUUAUCAAGUAUCAUUUGAUUAUGGUUCGUCCUCCUUUAUCUGUUUCCAAGUGAAAAACAACACAAAUCAGUUUAUUUUUACAAAGAAGAGAGGUUUCGUGGAAGGUCAAAUUUAUGAUUUAGCGAUUAUUCCUCGUCCCACACCAUACGCGCUUUCAACAAAGAUGGUCCGCAUCGGCAAAUGCCCAGAUCCAACAUACCCUACUCUUAAGACACGAAAAGAAGUACGCACAACAUCUACUGUGAAACCCAAGGUUUAUGGAAGAAAAACGAAAAAAGCACGAGUUUGUGGUUAACUUGGUCUUGUAAUACAGACAUAUUUAGGCAAUGACCUUUUUAUAACCAUUGUCACAGACAAAUAAAGAAGAAAAGAACAAUUUAGUCUAUUUGCAAAACACAUCUUAAUUUCGUACGGGUUCCUCGUAGGUGUUGCUAACACUAUAUGAUCUUUAUUCUCGGUAAACUUGUAGACUGGAUACAAAAAUAUCUGCAAAAUAUGUUUUUUAUUCUCUCUAACCAUAUCUUUAUCGAAUUCUUUAUAGGUUUGCCUUUUCAUAGUUAAUUAGCAAAUAUUUCUUGGGUUUAAGGCAAUAAAUAACAAAUUAAAUUUUGAUAAAUUUUCUCCCUGAUCUUUGUCAGAGCAUCUUUAGAUCUUUAUCGUUUAAUCUUUAUCGCUUAAAAUCCCCGUAUGUAUGGAAUAGUCAACCCGUGGAAAAAUCCACAGGGUCAUGAAAUGAACUUCCCCUAAAAUCUCUUUCUUCUUUCGGACAGGGUAAAAAACAAACAAACGAAAAAAACAAUAAAGAGAGGUUCAUUUUAAACAAUUCUUUUUCAUAUUAUUGUUGAAGUUGAGUUCUUUCCCUACAAAAUAUUUUAUUCACUGAAUUGCUUUCUGCGGUCCUUAGAGCGUGUAUGUAACAGGAAAUUCCAGUUUAUAUUCUGCCCCUCGGUUCACACGUUUUCAAGUGACACUGCAACGUGCUGUAGGACUGGGGAGAUUCUUUUGGGAAACAAUUAUUAAAAUUGUACCGUAAAAUCGUACUCGAUUAUUGCCACAGAACGUAUUCGGUCUGUUCAGUUGACCUCUAGCUUUGUUUUUCACAGCGCAACAAUCAGUUUUCUCUUAUCACACGUUACCACAUUUUGUUGAUAAAUAAUACUUCUUAACAUUCUCGUCCCCAGAGCUCUUUGAGAUUAAAACCUCUCAUCACUAUAAAAUAUAGUUUCAGCUGAACAAAUAAAACUUGGUUUGAAAUAAAACUUUCUAAAGUCAAGCGUUGAAAAACAUAAACAACCAAGAUCCAUCGUGUUCGCCAUGUACAAGUGAAGAAACGACUUGAUCAAGUUGCUUUUACUAAUGGGAGAAAUUGUAAUAGCGAGACAAAUCAUUAAUUAUUUAUAGUACAAUAUACUGAUUAUGAAAAGCAGCCUGUACCAGGGUCUUGUUGGCCGUCAAGUAAGCACUAGCGGCUUUGACAUCAGACUUCAAACCCUGGGAACGAGGAUGUAUAAAUACUACAAUAAAGUUUUUAAGAUUGUCUUUUUUAUAUUUCAUUGUCUUCUUUUAUAGUCGUAGCUUUUUGCAAUGUCAGAAUAACAAGAUUUAAUUUAGUGACGUAAUGUUGACCGUGGAUUUGUAAACUGAAAAGUUAAACGCUCCCACGCAGAGAUUUUUAGCUGAAUUUAUGCAAACUGGGGGCGAUAAGGGUUUGUCUCACAAAAUUACAUUUCUAGGAUUUCGAUACGUCUAUUAUGAUAAAACCAAUUAAUAUGUAACCUAUAAAAUAAAUUUGAGAAUGACACAAUUUGCAUACAUGAAAAAAAAAACUUCAG